AUGAUGUUCAAACAGCAAAUCAGACUGAACAUGGAAGUCUAUAUGGACAACAUGCUAGUGAAAAGUUGGAAGACUGAAGAUCACCUGGCAGACCUACAGGAAACCUUCAAACUGUUGAGGAAGCAUAAGAUGAAACUCAACCCCAGCAAGUGUGCUUUCGGAGUUGCCUCAGGGAAAUUUCUUCGGUAUAUGGUGAGCAGAAGAGGAAUAGAGGCUAAUCCAGAAAAGAUCCAAGUUGUUCUAGAUAUGAGGUCACCCAAAUCCACGAAGGAUCUCCAGCGACUCACAGGGAAUGCGUUUCUACAAUUCAAGGAAUACCUUUCCUCACCACCACUUCUAUCAAGAGCAAUACUAGGAGAGGACUUGUAUUUAUAUUUGGCUGUCUCCUUAUCAGUAGUAAGUUUGGCACUAAUGCGAGAGAAAGGUGGGGUUCAGAAGUCGGUGUAUUACACAAGUCGGGCACUUAGGGGUGCCGAGGAAAGAUAUCCGAAAAUAGAGAAAUUAGCAUUUGCCUUAGUCGUGUCAGCUAGGAAACUCAGGCCUUAUUUCCAAACUCACAAGAUAGUAGUACUAAUGGACCAACUUCAAAGGCAGGUUCUCCACAAGCCAGAGACUUCAGGUCGACUUAUGAAGUGGUUAAUAGAACUCGGGGAGUUUGACAUCCAAUACAGACCCCGAACUGUAAUAAAAGCUCAGGUGAUAGCAGAUUUUGUUGCUGAGUUCACACCUUCCCAAGAAGACCUGAUCAACAUUUCCCCAGAAGCAAACCCUCAGAUUCAAAUAGACAAAAAAGCUACUUGGACUCUUUUUGUUGAUGGGUCAUCAAAUGCACAUGUUAGUGGAGCAGGGUUGAUCAUCACCUCCCCAACACGAGAAAACAUUGCCUAUGCCCUUCAGUUUGGCUUCAAAGCAACAAACAAUGAAGCAGAAUAUAAGACCCUCAUAGUUGGGUUAAGACUGGCAGAAGUCCUCGGGGUGGAGCAGCUCAUAGCAUACACAGAUUCUCAGUUGAUAGCAGGGCAAGUCCGAGCAGAAUAUGAAGCCAAAGAUGAGAAAAUGAAGGCCUACCUAAAAAAGGUAGAAGAAUUAAAAAAUCAUUUUACGAGAUUUUCAGCCCAUCAGAUCCCAUGUGAAAAAAAUGCGAAUGUAGAUGCUCUAGCUAGAUUGGCUACCGCGUUAGAUCCAGAGGUGAAUAGGGCAAUACCAUUAGAGUACCUGGAUAAGCCGAGUACACUUUAA